AUGACCGGUUCGUUCUUGUUGUUGAGGGAGGAAUCCAAGGAGAAGGCACUGGAGAGGCUCAGCAAGGAUAUCUACGCUACCGCCGGAGCUUGGGAUAUGAGCAAGGUAUGCUUCCGACUUUCCGGGGGAGCGAGUCGUCCGAGCGCGGGCAUGUGGGGCGGCGCAUUGGCUGAAUGACCUGAUUCGGCCAUUCCUUCACAGGCGACGAUCACCGCGGUUGCUGUGGCCAAGCACUAG